UUUCAAAUCUAAUUUAUGAUUUAAUGAUCACAGAGGAUAUUGAUUAAUAUAAUUCUUUUGAAUUUUACAUUUCAUGCACCCGAAUUAUUUAUAAUAUUGAUGGUUAUUUCAUAAAAAUUGCAUUUCAAACCGAACAGAGCGCCAAGUUGUAUUCGUGAAUCGUGGUAAAGUGUUCUCAACUCAGGAGUACUUCAGGUUCAGUCAUCUGUGUUGUAACAUGGCGAGUCCGGGUUGUUGCGCGUUUUCCAACGACGGCCAAUAUUUAGCAAAUUGCGGCAUUGAUGGCAAAUUAAAGAUUUACGAAACGGCCACAAAUCGCCUAAAAGUAGACUAUGUUCCUAAUCAACAUUUAAAAUCCCCUUGCAGUGUACUGAGAUGGAUAACUGUGAGCCUUCAAUCAUCAAGCUCGCCUUCGCCAUGGAAGAAACGGAAGAGGAAAUCGAUGGAGGACGAAUCACUUCAAAAGGAAGUAAUAGCAAUGGGUUCCGCAAACGGAAACAUAACAAUAUUCGACGUAGCUUCUUCAUCAGUUAGUGUUCAACUACAAAAUGGCCACACAACGUCCGUUUCAGCGAUUGCGUGGGAAGCAUGGACUGGUCUUUUUACAGCAGCUGAGGACCACCAAAUCAUACACUGGAAUAUGCAGGAAAACGGUAUCAAGUGUAAAUGGAAAUCGGGCAAAGGAAAAGUGACUGCCAUUGCAAUUUUACCCGACGGCUGUUCAAUCCUCACUGGUGAGAGAGUUAUAACCUGGUGGGACCUUUCGACGAAAGGCGUGAUCGGAACUUUUACUGGACAUGUUAAUCAAGUUAAUUCUUUGAACAUCGUAAGGAUAGACGAUGAUACUAGUUACCUCAUCAGUGGUGCCAGUGGAGACUCGUACCUCAGCGUCUGGUCUCUCAAUGAAGCUAAGAAGGAUAAGACUUCCGUUGCAACAUUCACGAUGCAGGAUGAAGCGAUGUCUAUUUCUUCGAGAUUGAUUGAAGAUUCGCAAGUGAUGGUACUUGCAGUGACGAGAAGCGGCCAAGCUCACGUGUAUAAAUAUCAACCGAAUGGAACAACCCUAAAACCAAUUAAACCCUCCACAAACAUAUUCGUUGUAGCUGACUCCAGUCAAAAGGAGCAAAACAUCCAACAAAUUCCCAUUUUGAAAGCACAACUAACAGAAGAUAGAAAAUGUCUUUUGGCUUAUGGAUCAUUUUCAAAUAUAACUUUUGAGAAAGUAGCACCCGAUUUUUCGGAAAAGGUCGUGUAUUUGGAGAGGACGGAUUACAAGAGGCCAAGGGAGAAAAAAGAAGAGGCUCUUUCGAAAAUAAAGGCGACGGAUAUUGAGGGCGAAGUGCAGUACCUCGUGCCAGGAGCAACGGGUACGACACAAAAAAGAUCGGGACGUUCUGGAGCAGGUUCUCAGAUACCUUUGAAGGACCGAUUGGAAAAUCUUAGUUUGAAUACUGAAACUAGCAUGCCAGGAAAAACAACGAGUAAAGGAGAUAACAUGGUGCAGUUGCUCAUGCAAGGCUUACAGAGUAAGGAAAAAGAUAUUUUAAACAAUGUGCUCUUCAUCAAGAAAGAAAGCGUGAUUAAAAAUACGAUCGCCAAGUUGCCAGUUCAGGCGAUCAUACCUCUACUUAAGGAAUUAACAGUCAUGUUGCAAGGAAAGACUUACCCAAGUAAAAUUGCAGUUAUGUGGUUGAAAGCUUUGAUCGCAACACAUGCCGCACAGCUAUUAUCGCAUCCAGAUAUUGGAGAAGAACUCAGUCCCAUUUUAAGUAUAGUAGAUGCCAAGUUAACUCUCUUAACCGAAUUAGCAAGGUUAAGAGGGCGUGUUUCUCUAAUAACUGGACAGAUUUCGCACAUUAACGAAAAACAGGAAAGGGAUCCUACAGAAGAAAGUCUACUCGUUUAUCAGGAUCAAGAUUCCUCGGAUGAAAGUACGGACGUAAAUGAAGUAGAAUUAGGAAGCGAGUCGGACGAAAAUUGGGAAGAGAUUUCGGAUCAAGAACAACAAGAUGAAGCUGAAAACUGUAAAUCGGACGACGAUGCUUCCAUUUGCAGUUGAAAUCGCACAUAAAAGAAUUAAAAUAUUUUCUGAAGUUCCGAAACGAGGAUGAUCAACAAACCCUAAUUCCUCGUAUAUUAUAUUUUUUAUCGACAUUUAUCAAGAGAAAACUAGCCCGGAUUCGUGCCCGCACAGCACUUUCUAUUGUAAAAAUAAAACUUGUACAUUCAACACUUUCCGAAACGUUUUUUAAGAUUGUGAACUUUUCUUGCUCGAAUUUGCGUUUGAAAAUAUGUGUAAAUUUGAAUUUCGAUUACUUUAUUACAAAUGCUGAUUCCUCUGAAGUUGAAAUCAUCGAGUGUGAUUCAGGUGAGAAAAUAUAUUGUAAUUCGUUUGCAGGUGAAUCAUUCUGAGGGACUUGUUACAAGUUUAUAUUUUUUAAAACUGUUAGCUCUUCAUAUUCUGUAUGAAAUGAAAAGGAAAUGUACAACAGAAACUAAUUUGGACUGAAUAAUGACGAGAAUUCUCUGACAAAAUCCUCGUCUAUAGCCCUUGAAAUAAAUCCAAAAUUAAUUUUA